CGCAGCUGGCGCUGUACCGACUGGGUUUGGUUUAUCUCAGAGACAACUUGCAGCUUCCUGUUUGGAACAGUUCAUCAAAGAGAGCUAAUGGCGUCGGCGGAGUGGCCCGAAUCCCCUCGGACACGGGAAACCCGGAGCUGCCGGGUCUGGAAUAUCGUUACCAGGAUCCGACAGGGUCAAAUUACGGGCCGGGGAAUGAACCGGGCUACACAGAUUCCUGAGGUAUUGUUAAACGAAAGGGAUAAAAAAGCAAAGUGGUACGGUAUCCCAGUUCUGCUGCAGAAGCUGUAUGAAAGCAGUCACGCCAACAGCGACCUUUUGCAAACCCACGUUUUUCUCAAGGAGAUCUCUUCCUUACUGUCCAAGGAAGCCAUGACAUUUGUAACAGAAGACAGAAAGACUGCACAAGAGUCCAUGUUUCCAAACACAUAUACCUUUGAUCUUUUUGGGGGAGUUCAUCUAUUGGUAGAAAUCCUUAUGAGACCCACACUGACGACACAGAAAAAGAAGCCAAUGAGUGAUGACCUCAUUAAGGACUGUCUAAGCAUUUUGUACAACUGUUGCUUAUGUACGGAAGGUGUCACAAAGAGCCUAGCAGCAAGGAGUGACUUUGUACUGUUUCUGUUUACACUGAUGACAAACAAAAAGACAUUUUUACAAACUGCCACACUAAUUGAGGACAUUCUGGGAGUUAAAAAGGAGAUGAUCCAGUUGGACGACAUUCCUAAUCUGGCAAGUUUGGUGCAGAGCUUUGACCAACAGCAGCUUGCAAACUUCUGCCGGAUUCUCUCAGUCACUAUUUCAGAGCUGGACGUCGGCAACGAUGACAAGCACACCCUCCUCGCCAAAAAUGCUCAGCAGAAAAAGAACUCCAGCCCCUCCCGGGCAGAGAUGAACCAAGCCACUGUCCUGAACAUCCCCGGGUUUAUUGAGCGACUGUGCAAGUUGGCCACCCGGAAGGUGUCCGAGACCACAAGCUCAUCUAACUUCCUUCAGGAGCUGGAGGACUGGUACACAUGGCUGGACAACGCGCUGGUGCUCGAUGCUCUCAUGCAGAUGGCCAGCGUAGAGGCAGAGCACAGCAGUACAGAAUCCUCAGAUGAAAGCUCUUUGGCUACCAGUCCCCAAAGGCACCGUCUGCCACAGUCCAUGAAGAUCGUGCAUGAGAUCAUGUACAAAGUGGAGGUGCUGUAUGUGAUCUGUGUCUUGCUAAUGGGUCGACAGAGAACACAGGUGCACAAAAUGCUGGCUGAAUUCAAGCUGAUCCCCGGCAUCAAUUAUCUUUUUGACAAACUCAUCUGGAGGAAACCUACAACAAACCACGUGUUGCAUGGGCAGAACCAGAACUGUGACUGCAGUCCGGAAAUUUCCAUGAAGAUCCAGUUCCUCCGACUGCUCCAGAGCUUCAGUGACCAUCACGAGAACAAGUACCUGUUGUUAAACAAUCAGGAGCUCAAUGAGCUGAGUGCCAUCUCUAUGAUGGCUGACAUCCCUGAGGUGGAGGCAGUGGUCAACACAGACAGGAGUCUUGUGUGUGAGGGAAAGAGAGGUCUACUAACGAGGUUACUAUCAGUCAUGAAGAAAGAACCUGCAGACUCUUCAUUCAGGUUCUGGCAGGCAAGAGCAGUGGAGAGCUUCCUGCGGGGCGUCACUUCCUAUGCUGACCAGGUGUUUCUGUUGAGAAGGGGGCUUCUGGAGCACAUCCUGUUCUGUAUCAUUGACAGCGAGUGUAAAUCCAGGGAUGUAUUGCAGAGCUACUUCGACCUGCUAGGGGAGCUCAUGAAGUUUAACCUUCUCGCCUUCAAGAGGUUUAACAAGUAUGUCGACACGGAGGAAAAGUUCCAGAUUUUCUUGAAUCAGAUCAACAGUUCCCUGGUUGACUCCAACAUGAUUGUUCGCUGCAUUGUGUUGUCACUAGACAGGUUUGAGAGCCAAACGGAAGAUGUGAAAGUGGUUGAAGUGCUAUCUGAGUGCCGCCUGCUCUCGUACAUGGCUCGCGUGGAGAACCGACUAGCCUUCCUUUUUAGACUAAUUAAUAUCAUCAAUGUAGAGACACUUACACAGGAGAAUGUGAGCUGUCUAAACUCCAGCCUUGUGAUCCUGAUGCUGGCUCGGAGCAAAGGAAAGCUGCCAUUUUACCUGAACGCGCUGCGGGAGAAGGAGUACGCAGAGAAAUAUCCUGGCUGCAUCCUUAAUAACUUUCACAACCUGCUGCGUUUCUGGCAACAGCAUUACCUCAACAAGGACAAGGACCGCACCAGCCUGGAAAAUAGCGCCUGUAUUUGUUUCAGUUACUGGAAAACAACAGUGUCGGUGCUCCUCAGUCCUGACCGGACAUCACCCUUUGCCAUAGCCAGCUACAUUGAUGAGGCCUAUUUGGAUAUUGACAAAGAUUUUAUGGAGGAAUAAUCUUGGUGGAGGACUACUGUCAGCAACAGGCAGUACUUCAGAGAACAUAUCCCAGGCUGUUAUUAUUCAGGGAUACAUCAUUGUGCCGUGUUUUAUGUUGGAAGUACAGAAUGUUAACUGAUUAUUGCAGGUGUGUUUUAACUCCCAGCAAUCAUUAAGAUUAUCUUUUUUUCUGUUUUUUUUUUUCCACAAGAAAUAAUAAUAAUAAUAACCUGGACAUUUUAUUCAGGGACAUUCGAUAUUUUUUGUUGGUGUGUUGCUUUAGAACGGUCUACUGUUUUUUUAUUAUAUAUAUAUAUAUAUAUAUAUAUAUAUAUAUAUAUAUAUAUAUAUAUAUAUAUAUAUAUACACACAGCUCAGCAAAUGUUUAAACAGCAGAUGCUUUCUGAAAUGCAUGGAUCUUUAUCCCUGUAAAUGUAUCUAUAUUUACAGUACACACAAAUGGCACUGGUUCUGUGCAGCCACAUAUGCACGAAUGCUGUCUUGGGACCGCCCAUGGAUUUGUGAAUAAGAAGACUUCUAUUUAUGCUUGUGGAUCUUGCACUCUGUCGUUUCUGAUCAACAAGGUCUGGAUUGUCUGCAGCCUAGAUCAAACACAGAAAUUGAAUUGCUGGUGCCAGAGAUUACCGGACUACAGUGUGCUUUCUUUCUUUUUCUUAUUUUUUUUUUAAGUUUGCCAUAACAUUUGCUCAUAAUCCUCUUUUAAAAAAAAAAAAAAAAAGUUCCACAGACUGAAAUUACUAUUUUAGACCAGUUUAGCAGGUUUAACCCAGUACUUAGAGUAAUUUGAAGUUAACGGGUUAGUACACAUCAAACCUUAAAUGACUUCAGUCUGUGGUUUGUCCCUUCACUAUAACAUUACUUGCUUUGACCAUCAUAAUUUGAUUUGUACCUUUGGGUCUUGCGUAGACGAUAGUCUUUAAUUGGUGUUGCAGGGGAAAAAAAACCUGGUUGGGGUUCAAGGGAAUUGCUAGCGUUUCCGUGCAUCUGGUGUGCAGCAAGAAAUCACAGGUUUGUUGGGUGAGCAGUUCUGGUGCUGUUUUGAAAUACGUAUUUAAGAUCCUAACCAAACACAGUAGUGCAGGGAUUCUCUGGGUGGCUAGAGUAAUCCUUGUAAGGUUAAGCUACCUCAUUCUUCAAUCCAGCCCCACACACACAUGUCCCACCACUUCCUUCAAUACGCUUACUACGUAGAAACGUUGGAUGUUUUCAACCAUGAACCAGGUGUUUGUAAUUUAACUAAUUUUAAAAGCAGCUGGAUUAUCUGUUCCCAGAAAGUUUCAUUAUUUAAAUUGUGUUAUUGGGGUAUUCUUUUCAGCCCCAUCAAUAUAAAGGGAAGUCACAAUUACGAUGUUAAUCUAAAUUUGUGGUAAUGGGCUUUAGGUUUAAUACAAUAAAUUAUGGCCAGUACUGUUAUUGAAGUGAUUGUCGCCGUAACUAGAAGGAAACUUAACAUUUCUACUAUUUUCUUGUGCUGUAGUACCAUCAUUUAUAGCACAUAUACCACACUGGUUUGUUAUGUGAUGUUUGGUCAUACUUGUAAAGUAUUCUUUGUAUGUAGGAAAUUGUAAAAAAAAAAAAAGGCUGUAUUGUGGGGACUGAAUAAUAACAUACUUGUGUGCCAGAUCCAGUCUGCACCAUUCAUCUGCUCCAACGCUAUUCAAUAGAACCGUCGCACUGUCUCAACCAAUGGGGUUCCGUGCAGAGCAUUCCAUAUCCUAAUGGCAUCUGAAGUCUACUGUAAUUGUCUUAGCUUGUAGUAGCCCAGUACGAUCCAAGACAACAACAAAAAAGCCAUAAAAACACAUUAUUCAGUUA